UCUUAUAGAACAACCAGUAGCCAUCAUUUUCAGUUUGACAAAGCCAUCAUUUUUUUAAGUCAGAGAAUGGGCCAAUAAAAUUGAUUGUUAUUAUGCUUUUCACUUUUUCCUCUCUGUCUUAUAUAUACACCCUUUGAGAUUUCACCCUUUCAACACCACAACUGUAAAGCUUUUUAAAUAAGUAUCUAAAAUGGCCAUGACCCUGAAGUCACUAGCAACUCCUUUGCUUCUGGUUGCUUUCAUUAUCCUCAUCUUACAGGUUGCUGCAGAGAAGUCAAUAUCUGAAGCUAAAGUUGAAUCUGCAAUCCUUCAAGAAUCAAUCGUCAAACAUGUCAAUGAGAAUGCCAAAGCUGGAUGGAAAGCUGCAUUCAACCCCCAAUUAUCGAAUUUCACGGUUUCCCAGUUUAAGCGUCUUCUUGGGGUUAAACCUGCAAGAGAAGGUGAUUUAGAGGGAAUUCCUAUUCUGACUCAUCCAAAACUUAAGGAGUUACCAGAAGAGUUUGAUGCACGAAAGGCUUGGCCUCAAUGCAGCACAAUUGGAAGAAUUCUCGAUCAGGGACAUUGCGGUUCUUGUUGGGCUUUUGGUGCUGUUGAGUCGCUGUCUGAUCGUUUCUGUAUCCAUUAUAACUUGAGUGUCUCUCUGUCUGUAAAUGAUGUCUUAGCGUGCUGUGGCUUUUUAUGCGGGAAUGGUUGUGAUGGUGGAUAUCCUAUAGCAGCAUGGAGAUACUUUAGACGUAGGGGAGUGGUUACAGUAGAGUGUGACCCUUACUUUGAUAAUGAGGGAUGUUCCCACCCUGGAUGCGAACCUGCAUAUCCCACGCCAAGGUGUCAUAGGAGGUGUGUCAAGGAGAACCUGUUAUGGAGGAAAUCAAAACAUUAUAGUGUCAAUGCAUACAGGAUCAGCCGUGAUCCCUACAGUAUCAUGGCAGAAAUUUACGAAAAUGGACCAGUUGAGGUCUCUUUUACUGUCUACCAGGAUUUUGCUCACUACAAGUCAGGAGUUUACAAGCAUAUAACAGGGAAAAGUAUGGGAGGCCAUGCCGUUAAGCUUAUCGGAUGGGGAACAAGUGAGCAGGGAGAGGAUUAUUGGCUCAUUGCUAAUUCUUGGAAUAGAGGCUGGGGUGAUGAUGGAUACUUCAAAAUCAGAAGAGGAACAAAUGAAUGUGGCAUUGAACAUGAUGUAGUUGCUGGAUUGCCUUCAGCAAGAAAUUUGAAUGUGGAACUUGAUGAUGCUUUCCUUAAUGCUUCAAUGUAAAUUGCCUACUAUUUCUUCAACAUAAUAGUAGCAAUAUAAUAUGACUUGUGAACUUGCAUAUUUAUCUCGUCAGUUUAAUCUGUAUAAUUCAUAAUUAAUACUACUUAUUCCAAUAUUCACUUUUCAGUA